GAAACCGAGCGCCGUUCACAAACGCCGCGUGCGCCAAAACUGCUGCUGGACACCGACCGGCCUGCCUGCCUGCUACCCACCGCCCACCCACCUGCCCACCUCUGCCGAACUUACCUGACCUCGCCGUCCUUGCUCGCCACCAGGUAGAGACAGCUAUGCACACAGCUCCAGGCCACCUCAAACCACAGCUCGGCGCCUGAUGCAACAACAGCUCCCCCAGUCAAACGAAAAUUGCGAUUUCUGAGCUUGCCUUGUCCGACCCGCCCAGCUUGCACCAGGCCAAUUGCUCCCCACCACCCCUCCACUGCCCUCGCAGCAAGCUCUCACAAAAGCUUGCACCCAAACCACGCACAAUGCCACCCAGAUCGUCUCUGACGAGCUCAUUCUCGGUUUCAGAUCCUCAGAACGAGGUCGUAUGUCCAUUGAAGAAUCACGACGGCUCAGCAUGCCGCAAAAGAUGUCUUGGAGAGAAGCGGUACCGCUCCAUGCAGGAGCACAUCCGCCGAGCUCACCCAGACCACUAUAUCCCCAAACUGCCUGCUACUGAGGAAUCGUUCGCGCUCAUGGUGAACACCCCUCCAUCCGAGCGACCUCCCCACUCCACCCCUUCCCAUUCCAUCAACAACAACAACAACAAUAGUGUCUCAGGCCACAUAUCGUCCCACGCGCCGUCUGUCGGACCGCCUGGUCAGUAUUGCAGCCCGCAGAGCGUUUUCGCUAUGUUGACAGAGGAAGGCGGCCAUGGCUUGGACGGGGCCUCCUUUUACAGAGACCCAUACAACGCUUACGACCCCACGCCCAGAAGCUCGGAUGAGUACAGGCGUGGGAGCUUGCUGCCGGCCACAAGUGCUGCUGAAGUGCUCGCUCAGCUGCACGAUUCUAGACAGCCUGAGAUCCAUUGGGAUGCUGAACAGGAUAUGUUCUCGGAUGACGCUGCGUUCAAACCUCGCCCCCGAUUCGGGCCCAUUGAGCCUGAACUUGCCUUUGGUAGUAACGACUAUUACCCAGACCUUGGAACCCCGCGUACAAAAGAGCUCUUACCUUCUUCUCUGGCGCGGUCACCUCCUUAUCAUCAUCGAUCGAGUAUACCGCCACGAGAUCGACUAGGUAAGCCAAACAGACCGCGUAAGCUGUCUGUAUCCCAAAAUGCCCGGAAGCCCAAGCACGAACGGACAAAGUCCAAAGAACAUGUACGAAGGAACUCCUAUGACCGAAACAAAGCACUGUCUGCGGAGACUUCUAGCAUGGCCAAUAAACUCGGAAGCCGGUGGGAAGAUUUGAUCGAAGCUGCUGCCUCGGCCACCGAGGAGGACAGCCGUGAUCUCACACCUGUACGUGUUGCUCUUAUCUUCUUUCGAUCCACAUCUACUCCUCCAUUGUGGUCCUCGAAUAGAAUGAGAAAUAGCUUGCUAAGAUACCUCCGCGGCAAAUGCAGAUGCCCCCUUCUCCGAAGCAGAUAAACAGCAAUCGAAAUUCGCUCCCUCCACUGAUGCAUCAUCCCCUAUUCCAAGGAAACAUGAUGCACACAUAUACCGCUUCUCCCCUUCAGCAGGCACUAACUCCACCUCCUCCAGACAUGGGCGAACUUCAACCCUUCCCUUCCGUUGAAUCCUCCGCAGAUUCUAGCAUUGCGAGUAAACAGUCCGGUCUCAAUUUUCACAUGUCUUCCCAGGGUUUGUCGACAUCAAACGAUGCAUCGCCCACCUUUCCUGUCGCUCAUCCGGGCCAUCUUGUACAAAUCUAUUGCGCGGGUUGCAGGAGGCUUAGUGCUCUGAGGGAUAGCUUUGCGUGCACGGAAUGUAUUUGCGGUCUUUGUAAAGACUGCGUAGAUGCGUUGAGCACAGAGCAACAGAGAGGACGACUUGCACGAUGUCCAAGGUGCGCAACAGUUGGCGGCAAAUUCAAGCCGUUCCAGUUAGACAUCAGGUGACAGCGAGCAUGGAUGGAGGAAGUCGCGAGCAGAAGGCGUGAGAACUACUCCAUCAGUCCCACCAGUAGCCUCUCGGUCAAACCCACAAGUCGUCUGCCGGAAGACACCAUAGAGUGCGGAGGACAGGCGUUCGGGGGUGUACAAUUUGAUGUUGAUGGCAUAAUUUGGGCUUGAAAACAGUGUAACGCGGAAGGCAGAUUAACGCGCCACGAUCCAGUUCUAGGCAGCACUUCGUUCUACAAGAUGUAAAUAGACUUUAAAAAAUGGCCACCAAAAGCUAAUGAAGUACUGCUGCUAAUUCUCCUGAGG